GAGGGAAGAGUUCAGUGGUGUGGGAAGCAGCAGCAGCAGCAGCAGCAGCCAUUUUAGCUCCACAGGACACGCAUCUUGGUGCUUUCCCCUGAAGCAUGGAGCACAGGUGAACAGACGGUUAACUGGUAGCUUACAUCUCUACCAGGCUGGCUGUGCCAUGGUGACACUGAAUCACUUGAGUGUUGAGGACCCAGACGAUGGCUCUCCACUGCUGCCUGAGGCUGCUGAGGCUGCAACACCAACGCCUGUCUUUCACAGACAGCAAAGGGUCACAAAGACUGACUCCAGGGAAUUUUUCCUUAGCAGGAGUGAGAACCUUGCCUUCAGUCUGGUGCUGCUGAUCGGAUGCUACUCAGCUAUUCUAAUUCCUGCGUAUUUCCCCUUGGAUAAGGUGGUAACUCUCAGCGAUGAGAAGAUCGGACCCGUACCCAAAGAUCUGGUCUUACUAAAUCAGUCAGCCUCCCUGCUGUCAGGCCCCUGUCAGCCUCGCUGGUGUCUGAACCACUUCAAGCCCCUGUUCUGUUCUGCAAGCCUUCUAGACAUCCCUGUGUUUGUGCAGCAGGACAGGCCUGUGCAUUGGGAUUUGUCCCCUCCUCUGGGGCUCCAGGGCAGUGAAGAGCAUCUGGCCCUGGCUCUUGCCUCUUUGCCUCAGUCUGGCCUGCCUCCAUCACUGAGGGAAGAAGGAAGCUGCAGGCGAUGCGUGGUGGUGGGAAAUGGAGGGGUUCUUCAUGGGAGCCAUCUUGGAUCCCAUAUAGAUCAAUAUGACAUCAUUAUCAGGCUGAAUAAUGCUCCAGUGCCUGGCUUUGAGAGAGAUGCUGGUUUCCGCACCACCAUCCGCCUGAUUUACCCAGAGGGAGCACCUCACUCUGCAAAGGAGUACAAAAAGACCACCAUGGUUGCUCUGGUGGUCUUUAAGAGCCUGGAUCUGGACUGGCUCACUUCUGUCAUCACCAAAAAGCCUCUGAGCUUCUGGUCCAAACUAUGGUUCUGGAGGGAGGUGGUGGAUGAUAUUCCCCUGAAACCAGAGAACUUCAGGAUCCUCAACCCAGAGAUUAUUCACAAGACUGGACAAGUCCUACAGAAAUAUGCUCUGAAACAGGGAAAUAUGGUGCCAACACUAGGUGCCAGUGCAGUUGUCAUGGCUUUGCAGCUGUGUGACCAGGUGAGCCUGGCAGGGUUUGGGUAUGAUAUGCAGCACCCAGAGGCCAGGCUUCACUACUAUGAGACCAUACGCAUGAGCGCAAUGAAGGCUCAAGUGGUGCAUGACAUCAGUGCUGAGAAACUCUUCUUAAGGGACCUGGUGGCUGCAGGAGCUGUGACUGACCUCACAGGAGCUCUGUGAGUCAGCAGUGCAGAGACUGAUAAUAUACUGAACUCUACAUAUACUCCUCCCUCUCACUGUGAGCCUGUACGGGGUCCUCCACAACUGUGCCCUGCUGGAAGAAUCCUACACAGCGUGGACUGACCUUUAAAAUGCCCACAGUCUCCUGGGUUGACUGAUGAGUGAGCAAAUGAAACUCUAAAGGUUAGACAAGCUUGUGAUUGUAGAGACUAACUUAAGCAUAUAUCAUUUAAAUUCAAUGAACUUAUUACAUCACCAGCUAGUUUACAAGUAUAGUAAUAGUCAUAUGGAUGAAAAAUUGUGCCAUCACAAGUAGGAACGUGCUCAGUGAUUGGCCAGGUUUUGUAAAAUCAAUGCAGUGGUCAAUGGUUCAAACAGUGCUAUUUCAAUUCUGUUUAUAAUGACUGAAUAAACAAGUGAAUGUAAA